AUGACACCGAUGAUGGGCUGAGAGAGAGAGAGAGAGAGAGAGAGAGACAGUCACACCUUGAGGAAGUUAACUAAACAAAAGAAAGAGAGCAGAAGUCACAUCAUAUAGAAGGAUGCAAUGUUUUCUGAUUGUGUUGAUGUUCUUUGCACAGUUGCUUCCUAUCUCACUGCAGGAGGCGGACAUGUGGUACGAAAAAGAAGAAGGGGGCAGAAAGUGUAAACUGUGUCCUGCAGGUGAGUUUCAGAUGUCUUGUACAAAGUGCAAGCCUUGUCCUGCAGGAAGCUACACGAAUCAAACAAACGCAGAACCCAGCUGUCUUCGCUGCUUUGGAGACUGCAAACCAGGUUACAAUCUGAAGGUGGUUCAGACCUGCACCAGCAAGUCUAAUGUAAAGUGCAUCUGUGAGGCCGGUUACAGAUGCUCUGACUUUGUCCCCAUAUCACAAAAUUGCAGAUAUUGUGACAAGAUCAAGGAAGCAUCCUCAACUGAAGCUGCAGCCAUUAUCUCAGGCCAAGAUAAACACACACCUUCCUCAGCUUCCUCAGGACAUACCAGCACUUCUGCCAAAUCCUGCAACUUUCCCAAGUGUGGCCCUCCGUCCUUCCCACAGGCAGGAAAUGACACACAUCUCAAAACAGACAAGACGAACAGCCGUCUGGCGGCAAUCUUGUGUCCAAUUGUUGUCAUCGGAUUUUUGGCCCUUGUCAUCCUGUCCGUUGUUCGUUGCCAUGGAGACGAAUCUUGUUUGAAGCAAGCUAUGUCAAAGCUAUGCAAUGAGGGCAGUAGAGAAGGUUCUCACAAGCUGAAGGAGCCGACUCAUCAGCUACCCAGAGACUCAUUCAGUGCAAAGCAGCAACCAUCGUCCCUCUUAGCAGCCAAUCUCGGGCCAGUCCAUGUCCACAAUCCAAGGACGGUCAUCUUCAGCUUGUUCAAUCAAUUCACAGACCAAGUUGGUUCAACAAUUGAAGGUGUGAAGACAGUGAAGAGGGGUUGCAGCAAGGAAGAAGACGAGAGAGACUGUCCUGUCUUUCAACCCACACCCUCAACCAGAGUUCAUCUCUCUGAGGAGGAGAGGAGUGUAGAGAUGGACAGCACGUUCCUCCCCUCUCAGGAAGAGGGGAAGGACUGCCACAUGUCAAAAGAAGAAGUUCUGUGAUGAAUCAAAUCAAUAUUUUGUUUUGGUGGCGAUGACUGCCGACAUCCAGGACUGAUCCAAAGACUUUUAAAAGAAGAAACUGUGAAACGACAGAGCAGUUUGUGCUUCAGUGAGGUUCACAGAGACAUUUCAAUCUGCAGUUUCUGGAAAAACGUGCAGUCGGAGCAAGUAAGAACUCAAACUCUGGGGAGAACUACUAGAUGGUGAUUUCCUUUGAUACCUCUAAUUCAAAAUUGACUUGUAAAUUCUGCUUUAUAAGCUCUGCUCUCUAAGGUAAUGAAGUAGACAUUUUUGCAUGAAGUAACGUUUUGAUAACGAAUAAAUUUUAUUGAGAAUGAAAACCUGGAUAUGUGAGAUGAAAACAUUCACUUGUGAUUUGUACAAAGUAUAUUUACAUAAACACUUAAAUCUUAA